AUGUUACGACUACUAUUAUCAGCGAUUUGUAUCUCAAUUUGUAUCGAAUCUACUUCAUCGAAGUGUAUUUGGUACGAAGGUAUCCGUGAUGGAUUCAAUCAAGCUUAUCCCAACGGUGAACCCAGACCUUUACCAUUAGAAGAUAUGAGUUUAUUAAAUGAAAUGUGUCCACAUAUUGUCACACGAGAAGGUGUUUCGCCGAAUUUAUGUUGUGAACGUAAACAGCUAGCAGAGAUGCAGAAAUUUAAAUAUAUUAUUGACAAUCUAAUUGGUCGAUGUCCUUCAUGCUAUUUUAAUUUCUUACGAAUAUUUUGCGAAAUGUCAUGUAAUCCUGAUCAAGAUCAGUUUAUUUGGCCGUUAGAAUAUGCAGAUAUCGUUCGACCUACUGAGCAAGUAGGUUCAAGAAAAGACGACAAUGAUGACGGUGCUCGACACGAAUGGGCUCUAGCGGAUUAUGUCGACCCCGAAGAAGAAGACGAAGAAGAAAAAGUGACACCCAAAGCGGUUGUCAAAGCACCCGAAACAGUUCGGGUCAUAACAAAAAUCCGUUAUUUCAUAUCCGAACAGCAAGCCAAUGAUUUUAUUGCUUCUUGCUGGAGUGUUCGUAUUAACUUUCAAUAUGCAGUCGAUGUUCUCUGUGGAUCUUUAAAUCGAGCUUGUGAUGUGAAGAAAUUAUUUCAAUACAUAGGCUUGCAGAAUACUCAAUCACCUAUCAAAAUCGAUUUCGUUUUCGUUAACAACACUUAUCAUGAUCGCGAACUUCAACGGACAUUUCAACCAUCGAAUGCAACGAUGUUUGCAUGUGAUCAACCAGUUAUCUUACCACAUGCAUCUCGACAAAAGUGCACUUGUAUGGAUUGUAAUGCGAUGUGUCCGAAGAUUCCGGAGAUCAAGUCGAAACAUUUAAUCUCGACAAAUGCAUCGUUGGUUGAGAGAGUGAAAGGAAAAUUAUAUAGUCUUCCUCGUAUUACCGUUAUUGCCAUCGGAAUCUAUGCUAUCUUCGUGCUUACGUUCAUAUUUUCCAAUAUUUUGUUAUCUCUUUGGAAUUUCACAAGUCAGAAGAAGAAAGAAUUCUUGAAAAAUAUUCGAAGUGAGAAACCUGUCGAAGGCGAAGAUGAAAAAAUGAAUGCGAACAGUGCUCAACAAAGUGAAGAUGAAGCUGAAUUAGAAAUAUCGCUUAGUGGAGGACGACCUGGAUGUUUCGAUCGACUCGGAGUCAUUAUUGACGAUACACUACAUCGAAUAUUUACAGUUAUCGGCCAAUUUUGUGCGUAUAAUCCAAAAUAUACAAUCAUACCGGUGAUGGUGAUUUUGUUUUUGCUAUGUUUUGGUAGCCGAUACUAUACAGUUACAACUGAUCCAGUUGAUCUGUGGGUUGCAUCUAAUUCUCGUGCACGAUUAGAAAAAGCUUAUUUUGAUGAAAAAUUCGGACCAUUUUAUCGUAUUGCACAUCUGAUACUUGUGCCAAAAGUUAAGAAAAAUGUUACACUUCGAUACAAAACACCAUUGGAAGCCGAAGAAAAGUAUACGUUUGGGCCUGUUUUCGAACGCAAUUUUCUCCUUGAUGCAUUGCGUCUGCAAUUAUUCGUAGAAAACUUCAAUGUUACAACAGAAUUGGGUAAAACAAUCCAUUUAAAUGAUACCUGUUACAAACCACUCGAGCCUGAUAACAAUCAUUGUGCUGUAUUCUCUUUAUUUCAAUACCAUCAAAAUAAUCUCACUUUUCUUCUCAACGAACCGCUUUAUCCAUCACAAUAUCUCGAAUGUAUGCAAGCACCGUUAACACAACAAACGAAAUCAUUCCAUCAGACAUGUAUGGGUAAAUUCGGUGGUCCUAUUGAUCCAUACAUGGUACUCGGUGCAUUUCCGACACACGAUGGUGUACCGGACUAUGCUAAAGCUCAAGCUCUGAUCAUAACAAUUACGAUUAACAAUCAACGUAAGACAAACGAAAAUGACAAUCAACAAUUGAAAAAUGCACUUUUGUGGGAAAAAUAUUUCUUGGAAUACAUGACGACAUACCGUUCGAAAUGGUUUGAUGUCAAAUACCGUGCAGAAAGAUCAAUUGAAGAUGAAAUCGAACGAGAAUCAAAAUCAGAUAUCAAAACAGUGCUUAUAUCGUAUUUAAUUAUGUUCUUAUACAUAGCUAUAGCAUUGGGUCGUAUAAGAAAUUUUCGAUAUCUUUUGGUGGAUAUGAAAGUCUCAUUAGGUAUUGCUGGCGUUGCAUUGGUUACGCUUAGUGUUUGGGCAAGUGUGGGAAUUUUCUCCUAUAUGAGAAUACCAACGACAUUGAUUAUAUUUGAAGUUAUUCCAUUUCUUGUUUUGGCUGUCGGUGUUGAUAAUAUAUUCAUUUUGACUCAAUCAAUUCAACGUGAUCAACGUAAUCCUGAUGAAGAUGUUGAAACUCAAAUUGGUCGUAUUGUCGGUCGUGUUGGUCCGGCAAUGUUACUAACAUCUGUAUCCGAAAGUAUCGCAUUUUUUCUUGGUGCAUUAACACCGAUGCCUGCCGUUCGUUUAUUCAGUUUGUAUGCAGCUGUAUCUGUACUUAUUGAUUUUCUUCUUCAAAUAACAGUCUUUGUUACAUUCAUAACACUCGAUCAUAAACGAACGCUUGAAAAUCGUGUUGAUGUUCUCUGUUGUCUACAAAUAUCUCGUGAACCAAAUGAACAAGAAGAAUCCGGUAUAUUCCCGAAAUUGAAAUGGUUUCGUCGAAAAUCCGUUGAUGAAACAGAACCGGAAAUUGUUAUUACACAACAAACACCUUCAACGCCAAGAAAAUCGAAUGCAGGCAGUAUUCUUCGGCAAGCAUCAGCUAUAGAACCGUGUGAAGAACAUCUCAUGGAAAUGGAUGGAUUCUUAUUUGGUAUAUUCAAACAUUACUAUGCGCCAUUCAUUAUGAAUCAGCAUGUGCGACCAACGGUCAUUUUCUUGUUUUUUACUUGGCUUGCAGCAAGUGUCGCGCUUUUGCCGUUUGUUAAAGUUGGUCUAGAGCAAAACAUCACUAUGCCAAAGGAUUCGUACAUGAUUGAUUAUUUUUCUGCUUUGAAAGAAUAUUUCGCUGUUGGACCACCUGUCUAUUUCGUCAUUAAGCCAGGAAUAAAUUACGGAAACAUCAAUGCAAGUAAUAUGAUUUGUUCUAGCUCAGGCUGUUCAUCACAAUCCAUGGCCAACCAAUUAGGUAUCGCAUCGUUGCGUCCAACUGAAACUCGCAUUGCCCAAAUAGGCACAACAUGGUUAGAUGAUUAUUAUGAUUGGUUACGUCAUCGUGGUUCAACACCAUGCUGUCGCUUACAUAAUAAUACUGGUCAAUUUUGUUCAACAAACGCUGCAUCGGGUAGCAAAUGUCAUCCUUGUACAAGCAGUACAACGCGUGAAAGUUUGACAGAAAGCGAAUUUCGUCAAUUUUUGCCAUACUUUCUCAAAGACAAUCCAAAUUUUAAAUGCGCUAAAGGUGGUCAUGCUGCCCAUGGAAACAGUGUGGCACUAUUUGGAAAGAACAAAUCAGUGGAAGCAAGUCUUAUCAUGGGUUAUCAUAGUGUAUUAAUCACUUCAAAUGAUUUCAUCGAAGCAAUGCAACAAGCGUAUAUCCUAACCGAUAAUAUUACGAAAACCUUAAAAUCGUCCGGUUACAACGUUGAAGUUUUUCCGUACAGCAUCUUCUAUGUCUUCUACGAACAAUAUCUAACUAUUUGGCACGAUGUUUUCAUGAAUUUGACAAUAUCAGCUGCAGCUAUCUUUGUGGUGGCGUUUGUAUUGCUUGGCUUCGACAUUAUUUCUGCAUUCAUAAUCACAUUAACCAUCGCUAUGAUCACUUGUGAUAUGAUUGCUAUGAUGUAUAUAUGGAAUAUUGAAAUGAAUGCUAUUUCGUUAGUUAAUCUCGUCAUGUCAGUUGGUAUAUCACUUGAGUUUUGCGCUCAUAUAUGUCGUGAUUUUAUCCUAUCAGCCAAAGGUUCACGUUUGAAACGUGCCGAACAAGCACUCGCCUAUAUGGGCAGUUCGGUCUUCAGUGGUAUCACUUUAACUAAAAUUGGCGGUAUCGUAGUACUCGGCUUCUCACAUUCCCAACUUUUCCACAUAUUCUAUUUUCGAAUGUUUAUCUGUAUCGUUUCAUUUGGUGCCGCACAUGGCUUGAUCUUCUUACCUGUUCUUCUCAGUUAUAUUGGUCCCAGCCCAAAUGAUAUUCGCAGAACUCGAAUACAGCAUAAACGAUCGUCAAAAAUAACAGUUCCUUUACAAACAAAGCCGUCAUCAACUGAAAUAUCUUAG